AUGUCUGCCCCUAAACGUUUUCCAUCGGUCACUGGUAGCUGCGUUUGUGGCACGGUUCGAUAUCGGCUGCUCACUUCUCCGCUCUACUGUUAUGCCUGCCAUUGCGCCGAUUGCCAGAAGUCUUCGGGCAGCGCAUUCGGCCUCCUCCUCAACAUCGAGGUAUCCAACAUCCGUAUUAUCUCAGAAACCACGCCAGUAGCAAUCGUUCGAGAAAAGAAGCCUGGACGCUUCGACCGGCAUGUGGAAUGUCCAAAAUGCAAGGUGGCACUAUGGAGCAACAACAUUUUCGGCGAAGCUGUAGCCGACCUCUAUGUGGGAACUCUGGAUUAUCCAAGUCUAAUGGAACCUGAUUUGCACAUGUUCGUUGAUACCAAACUGGACUGGGUGAUUCUACCAGAGGGAACAAAGACAGUACCAAAAGACUAUGAUCCCAAAGCCUUUUGGCCGAAGAGUAGCCUCAACAGACUCGAACUAUGUCUAAAAACAGCUGAAGAGAUGAAAGAAAAGAAACAAACUGUAACUGUGGCUGCGACUGCGGCUGCAGCUGCAGCUGUAGACUCUCAAAACGGCAAACCAGCAGCCAACCAUCAAUCAAGAUCAGAUAUGGAAGCGGAAGAGACAAGCGGUGAAGGCGAAAAGACACCGACAGCCGUAGAAUACAGCGAGAAGGAAGUGGACGACGAUGAAGCCUUCGAGGAAAAGUUCAAGGAGACUGAAAAGGUCCUCCAAGAACGCCUUGAAAGACUUCGGCUCAAGCUUGAAGAGCAGGAGCUGACGAAGAAAAUGCGAGAAACUACCAUCGAAUAA